UUGAAUAUAUUUUUUUGUUGUAUUUUACUAGAAUCUCAGGGAAUGUUUAGGUUUCUAUGAACUACUGGUUCAAAUAUGACCUAUCCGAAUCGGAAAUCGUUUGAGUUUGUUUAGGUUUCUAUGAAAUACUGAUUCAAAUACGACCUAUCCUAAUCGGAAAUUGCUCGAGUUUGAUAGAGUGAGGAGGGUGACCAUUCAUGGCCAAGAACCCUAUAAACAUCCUAGUCUUCUGAUUUUCUAGUAUUUCUUAAAUUCUUAUGUUAGCUAUUUCCUGUUCCAACUUCAGAUUCACUCUGGUCGGACCAGAUGAACCAAAAUUUAACAGUGCGAAUUGGGACCCGAUUUUGAUUCUUGAAUCAGUGUGGUGAACUACUUUGUGCAGAGUACUAAAAUGCCAAGGGUGGCCAACUAAAACCCAUUGUUUCAAUUCUACAAUUCCAUAAGAACAUACAAUUUUGUUAUGUAUUGAAAAAAUUACAAUAGGAUACACUACAGGAAGAAGUGGAAACAUCAAAUCAACUUCAUAUAAUUGAUCAUUCAUCAUGUCCAUAGGGAGACAAAACAACGUAUUUUUUUUAGGUAAUCAGUGUGGAAGACAGGCCCCUACCAUUUUUUUCAUAUCGAUUAGAGAGUUAGUUUUUUUUUUACAGUGUUAGUCGGUGGUAUCAGCAGGAUUGGAAACUACAUUGUGUAAAGAUUUUUACCGGCUAUUAAUUAUUAUUGUGUAUAGCAUGCCGGGAGCAUACUACAUUAACUCCCUUGGGCAAAAGAGCUACUUGGGAGAUUUUUUUUAUUUUUAUCUGAAAUUUUGGAUCUAUCUAAGAAUCACGAUUAUUUUUAAAAAUGAAAAAUGAAUUAUGAGUGUUGAAACACUUAUAUCAUGCUCCAAAGAUUGGGCUGCCCCCUGUCUAAUACUUUUGGAAUUAAUUAUUUAUAUCAUUUAUAUAGGAAAUUUACGCAGUGCUAGCAUGGUUUUCUACACAUUGUUUGUUCCUUCAACUCCUGAUGCCUACAACGCAUGGUUGCAAGAAAAAAUUCUUUUUGAUGUCCUUUGAGCAUAGGAAGGGCACCUCUAAACCAUUCCAAUGUUAAAACCUAUGUGAGUUGCUAACAAACAGUAAGAUAUUCAAAAAACAGCACAAAUUUGUAUGAUAUAAAAAUCUAAUGUUUAGAAACAUGGCUGGGCUUGUGCUCAGGCCUCAGGCCCUGCCCGAGUUGAGUAGCUCGGGCAAGUUCAAGUGGACUCGCCUUUUCCUGCAUUCCAAAAAAUGCAAAAAACUUACUCAAAAUAAUUAAAAAUCAGUAAAAAGGAAAAGACGUUACACACACCAUUAAAGGCCCUUAUCAGAAAGAAGUAGAUUACAAAAACUUGAUUUAUAGCUUAGAACAGUUCAGACAAAUCCAAAGAAAAAAGAAAAUUAGAGUAUAUAAAAAGAAAAUUUCAUAAAUCAACAUAAAAAAAAGAGCACAUUAUAUAGAAACAUAAUUACAUAACAUUUAUUAGAUUUGCUAGCAAUUUUUUAUUUUUUUUAAGUAAUUUUAACAAAUCCAAGUUUGUUUAAGAACACCUUGGCAGGGGCCCAAUUACUAGGCCUAAUAGACUCAGCCAAAAAUUUUGGAGAGUAUUUUGCCUCACUUGUCGAAUCCCACCCUACUUUGUAGACAAUUGCUUUUCCAUUACUUUAUUCCCCCUGCGCCCCAAACAUCAGAUAUCAAUAAGGACCUCUGGGGAGCAUUUAUCCAUCAAAGUUAGUGAAAAGCGUAUACAAAUCAUCCUUAUCCCAUAUCAUCCAAUGAUUUUUCCUACAUAGUAUUUUGUGUGGACACAUCCGUGCCUAGCAUAUCUCUUAGUCAAGGUUGGCAAGGAGGUCGGUUCAACCCAAUGGGUCAAGCCGAUUGGAGACCGGGUCUAGGACCCGGAGGUUGUACGUAGCAGGUUGGACCAUGGUGUAGACUCUUGUGUGAAAAGCUAAACUGAUCUUACUUAUAGGGCUAAGGACAAAAAAUUCCAUGGUUGAGAGUGUGUAUCAAUAUAUUAAUGGGUUAUAUUAGGAUACUCACACUACAACGCAUUUUUUAGUUAUACUUAAUAAAUUUUAGACACUUAUAUACCCUUGUUUUGUACAUUGAUCUUUUUUUAGUAAGGGCAUUUUUUAUCAUUAGGAAGAUGUGACAUCAUCUACAGGGGGUGUGAUAUCACCUACAUGGAGUACACAAGUGGCAUUAAUGCUCCAUGCGGGUGAUGUCACAACCCGAGGUAGAUCAUAUCGCACCCCUCCUAAUUACCAAAAAUAUAUUUACUAGAAAAUUUUAUGUACAUAACAGGGGUAUAUAAAUAUCCAAAAUUUGUUCAGUACAAUGAUAGAUUACUUGAUAGUGUGAGCUCUUUCAGGUCUCGAAUCCCUAAUUCCAAAUAUUUUUUUUCAUUGGGUAAUAUAUCAACCUAACAUAACCCUUAUAUAUAAAAUAAAAGUUUAUUUUUUAUCAGACCUAAACCCAUGCUGGCAAGGUCCAAUGUCCUGGACCCCACCUAGGUAUGGAUUCAGUAUGGGUUCAACUAGGAGUCAAACAAGAACCCGACCCCUUUACACCCCUACUCUCUCGCUCUCCUCCUAAUUUCUCACUUUCUCCUUCUCCUAAUUUUUCACUUUUUUGGGUCCACAGGAGUUGGGAUCGUAGUAAUUCCAUAUGCAUUAUCACAAGGUGGCUGGGCAUGCUUGGCACUUCUUGUGCUAUUGGGGAUCAUCUUCUAUUACACAGGCCUACUCCUUCAGCGUUGCAUAAGCAUGGACCCUCACAUCAAAUGCUAUCCAGACAUAGGCCAUCUUGCCUUUGGUCCCAAAGGCAAAAUCGUCAUCUCUACAUUUAUCUAUCUUCAACUAUUCUUACUUGACAUAGGUUUUUUGAUAUUAGUAGGUGACAGUUUAGCUAAAUUGUUCCCUAACUUUGGCUACAAAAUUGGGGGAUGGAGAAUAGAAGGAAGCAAGGCAUUUGUUAUUUUAUCCGCCAUGGUUGUUCUCCCUACUACUUGGCUAAAAAGCUUGGGGAGAUUGGCCUAUGUGUCAAUAACCGGUGUUUUUGCUUGUGUGGUGGUGAUGGGUGCAGUUAUAUGGGUUGGCCUAUGUGGUGGGGUUGGGAUUCAUGAGAAAGGAAGCCCUCUAAAUUUAAGUGGCAUACCAGUGGCAGCUAGCAUUUAUGCUUUGUGUUUCACUGGGCAUGGUGUACUCCCUACCAUCAUUGGGUCCAUGAAAGAUAGGAGCAAGGGUUCAAAGGUACUGACCUUUUCCUUCAUCACUUGUGUCGUGGCUUAUGCACUGAUGUCGAUAUUCAGUUACUUAAUGUUUGGGGACCAAAUAAAAUCGCAAAUUACUCUAAAUCUCCCUGUUAAAUAUUUUAGUUCCAAGAUUGCAAUUUAUGUUGUUGUUAUACUUCCAUUAUCAAAAUAUGCACUAGCCAUGGCUCCUGUCACAGCUGCCAUCGAAGAGAUAUUUCCCCUUUGCAAGAAGUGUGCAGUGAGUCUAUCAUUGAGGACGAUGAUGGUGGCUAUCACAGUCAUAGUUGCUCUAAUAUUUCCAUUUUUUGGGUCCAUGAUGGCGUUUAUUGGAUCAUUUCUUGGCAGCACCAUUGCUCUAAUUCUACCAUGUAUUUGUUACCUGAAGAUCUUUGAGGGCACAAAGAGUGGCAGAAUAGAGAAAGUCAUAGUGAUGGGGAUUUUAAUGAUAGGUUUUUCUAUUGCAACUCUUGGGACGUAUUUCAAUGUCAAGCGCAUUAUGCAACAAAUGUAAAUUCUUGAUGUGAUAAUUCAUGUGAUGUUGAUAA